AUGUCUAUUGAUCCGUUCACAAGUAGUCCGCUGGUGGAGUGGACGCUGAAAACCCGGAUCGAUGAGAAUGAGUUCCGACACCAUGAACGGCCAGCAGGCUCCGAGUGCUGGCGGGUGAUGAAGCAUUUGGGGCAUGGCUCAUUUGGAGAUGUGAACCAAGAGGAAUGCCUUUUUGGACCAGCCAAGGAUACAUUCCGAGCUGUGAAUUUCGUCAGAAAGCAGCAAAAAAAGUUCCCUGAGUUCUCAAAGCGGGAACUCAAAGCCCUGACCACAUUCUCAGACACUCAAGUCCCCGAGUACAAACACUACUUUGUCCAAUUCCUUAGCUGGUUCGAUGAUACAAAAAACCUCUACAUUGCUAUGGAAUUCAUAGAAUAUGGCAACCUCCACGAAUUCAUCAUCCUCCGGUCUAUCCCCGAACCCGAAUCAGCGAUGAUCACCCACCAAGUGGCCCAGGCUUUGCUAUAUAUGCAUCAAAAGAAUUUCGUCUACCGAGAUCUAAAGCCUAAGAAUAUUCUUGUCUCCUAUCCGGGACCUCAUUGGCAUGUCAAGGUGGCGGACUUUGGGCUUACAAAAAGUACUGAUGGCACUAGCCUUAAAACCUACAGAAUCGGCACUCAAGGCUUUAUGGCACCAGAACUGUAUAGCAGUUCAUCCGAGCCGUAUACGGCAGCCGUGGACAUAUGGGCAUUCGGAGCGCCCGAACGACGACUCACAGCCAAGCAAGUUCUAGAGCACAACUGGAUUGCUAUGCAGGCUAGACCUUCCCAGAGGGUUGAAUCAAGUGUCGAGUCAAGUGGAGCAUCGACAGCCUUAGAAAUAACGCCAUCAAAAGGCUGGUCGAUCAUUGAUAGCGGCAGCUUUACACAGCAAUCGCAACUUCGGUCCAUGGAGACGCUGAUGACAGACCUCCAGCUUAUACCAGUAGCAUCUCUUGCUUCCCAUGCUUCUGUACGGCCUCAAGCAAACGCCCUCGAAGAAUCAACGAGGAUGGAGAAGAAAAGGAUAACGGCGAUGGAAGACCUGGCAAAUCUUGCAACCAAAUAUUACGAAAAUGAGAAAUAUGACCAGGCGAAAGAAUCCUGGGAAGAAGUGAUCAGGGUACGACGAGAGGUGCUUGGCGAUAAGCAUCCACACACAAUUCAGGCGAUGAUCGAGAUUGCCAACAUAUACUUCGAGCAAAAGAGAGUCUGA